UAUUUUUUAAUUUUAACUACCCCCCCUCCCCCAAUAAUAAGGACCGAUACCCCCGCCGUGUGCCAGGCCUCAUCUCUCCGCUGUCAGCGCGCCAUCAGUUUGGGCCGAGGAUAAGGAUAAGAAACAUGUCUUCUGACGCCGUAUCUGAUGCCGUCACAAAAGAGUCUGAAACAGUUGAGCAGCAAGCAGAAGAAAAAGUAGCUGAGGACACUGCAAAUGGAAAUAAUGAGCAGGAAGAGGCAAAUGAUGAUGAAGAUGACGAAGAGGAGGAGGAGGAAGAAGAAGAGGAUGAUGAGGAUGAGAAAAAGGAAAAGUCCCUUAUUGUAGAGGGUAAGAGAGAGAAGAAGAAGGUGGAAAGGUUGAGUUUGGAGAUGACAGUAAUUAAAAAGGAACCAGUCUUAACAGAAGGAAAAGGACAGAAGCUGUAUGACAUUGAACGCGUCCAGUACUUCUUGAGAAAAAAGAAAUGCGAGGAAUUGCGUCCAUUACACAGACUACUGUUUAACAGACUAGGCACGGUAAAUUUAGUGAAGAAGAAUAUUGGCCAAUUUAAUGGAUUUCCAUUUGAGAAAGGAAGUGAACAGUACAAGAAAAAGGAAGAUAUGCUUAAAAAGUUUAAAAAGAGUGAGUUGAAGAAUAUUUGUGGCGUUCUUGACCUGGAAAAGUCUGGUGUCAACAGUGAGUUGAUAUCUAAAAUUAUGAACUUCCUUAUGGAACCAAAGUCUACAGGAAAGUCUUUACCAAAAUCUAAAGCAAAGCCUCAAAAAAGUGGCAAAAAAGAGAGAAGCAGUUCAGGGUCCGCUCGGAAAUCCAGGAACAGUAAGUCUAAUGUGAUCCUAACUGAUGAGUCAAGCAGUGAAGAUGAAAAGAAAGACAAAGAGGACUCUUCAGAGGAAGAAAAAGAAAGUGAUGAGGAAGAAGAGCCACCGAAGAAAACUCCCAAGAAAGAAAAGGCCAAGCCAAAAUCAACUCCUAAAAGCAAAAAAGCAGCUAAGUCUUCAAAUGUCAAAAAAGCAGACAGCAGUACUACCAACAAAAAGAGCCCCAGCAGUACCAAAAAAGAAAAGGUUGUACAAUCAGAGAGUGAAUCUGAUGACAGCUCUGAUGAUGAACCUUUAAUCAAGAAGCUGAAAAAGCCACCUACUGAUGAUGAAUUGAGAGAAACGGUGAAGAAGCUCUUGGCUGAUGCGAAUCUCGAGGAAGUCACCAUGAAACAGAUCUGCAAAAAGGUUAAUGAAAGCUAUCCCAAUGUUGACUUAUUUCCCAGGAAAAAAUUCAUCAAAGCCACAGUGAAAGAGUUGAUCUCAUAAGUUCUGUAGUGGAAACACAUGGACUCUUGGCAUAUGCUCCUAUGGAUCACAAGUUCUGAGAAACUGGCACCAGCAAAAUGUGUAUAGGUUUUUAUCACUUUGGGUACAAAGAAUUCUUGUUUUUUUUGUUUGUUU